AAAAUAGUUGCAACUUGCAACAACAAUUAAGUUUGUGCAAAUAGUCAUCAAAGUUUGCCAAUAAUAAUAACCCAAUCUUUUUGUAGCCACUACUACGAGGUCAGGGGAUCACUCUCCCAAAUGAGCCUCAUUCACAUAUUCUCCACCACCUUAUCCACACUCGCAUCAUUUCUCUCCCAUACAAACUCCCCUCAUUCAAAUCCGCAUCAUCCCAUUUUUCUUGCAUCAAACAAAGAUUGCAAGCAAUAUGGCAACGGCAAUAUCGGCGGUGGCGGCAGUGGUGGGCCCCAGCAGGCCGUCCGUGGGCCGGGCCAGAGUGAGGUACAUCAAUGGGCUCAACUCAUUCGGAGGGCUCAAGGCGCACAACCACGUGGCGUCGUUAGGCCUCCAAGUCAGCAGCGAGCAGUCUUUUGCAAAGAUAGUUAGCUCGUUGCAGCAGCAGGGGAGGAAGAGCGGCGGCGCUCUCACCUCCACCUGCAAUGCUGUCGGGGAGAUCUUCAAGAUUGCGGCCAUCAUGAACGGUAUUACGCUCGUCGGAGUCGCCAUCGGCUUCGUGCUGCUCCGGAUCGAAGCAUUUGCGGAGGAGAGUGAAUGAAGAAGGUGUUGUAGUUGUACACAACUCUAUAUAUGGUUGCUUCAUUAAAUAAUAUGUUGUCUUUUGCUUGGUUGGAACCGAUGGUUCUUGCCUUUUGUUUCAAUUGUUGUCUCCAAUGUAGAACUGAUUCGAUUAUUUUGCAUACAUUGAGUGCUCAAUUUUGUUCA